AAACACCUUGGUAGUUUGUGGAGAAAUCACGUGUAAGCCGACUUAAUCGCUUCGUUCUUUUUGGUCUACUUAUAUUUUGAUACCCAGUUAAUAAUUUAACUUCCUCAUUCUUUUAAGUAAAAGCUAACUAUCUUGCUUAGGUUAUAUAUAGUUUAAGAUUGAUUUUUGUCAUUAGUUUUUCCUCAGGGCAUGCUUAGACUUUAGUGUCACUAUUAUUUAGCAUGCGUGAUGCGUACCCCGAAAGCCCUGAAUCCACGAAUCCAAAACCGAUUACUAAACCGAUUUGGUGUUUAUGAAUUAGUAUUUCCUGGUAACACUACACCUAGCAGAACAGUUCCAGGACAUAUUGCCUCUCCAAACUAUAUUUCUGAACAAUUACCAACACUUCCAAAGAAGCCAGAAAUUAAAGAUGCCAAAAAGUUAGAAGGCAUGCGUCGAAGCUGCACAUUAGCUUAUGGGAUCCUAAGGAGUGUGCAAAGUGUUAUCAAGCCUGGGACGACAACUGAUGAGAUUGAUGAAUUUGUGCAUAAUUUAUGUAUAAAAGCAGAAGCUUAUCCCUCUCCGUUGCAAUAUAAAGGAUUUCCAAAAAGUGUUUGUACUUCUGUUAAUAAUGUAGUUGUACAUGGCAUACCAGAUCUAAGACCGUUAGAAAAUGGAGAUAUAGUUAAUGUGGACAUUACAGUAUUUUAUAAAGGAUUCCAUGGCGAUUGUUCUAAAACAUUUCCCGUUGGGGAUGUGGAUGAUAGAGGCUUACAGCUCAUUCAAGUAACAGAAGAGUGCCUUGAAAUAGCCACAAGAACCUGCGGUCCAAACGUGCCUUUUUGUGAACUAGGCAGAAAGAUAUAUGGUCAUGCUCGAAGAAAUGGUCUUUCAGUCCUGCCUGCUUUUGUAGGGCAUGGUAUAGGAGAAUAUUUUCAUGGUCCACCUGAAAUAUAUCAUUCAAAAAAUCGAUAUCCAGGUUUGAUGAAACCUGGUAUGACUUUUACUAUAGAACCUGUUUUGUCCCAUGGUUCUGUAAAUACUAUCUUGUUAGAAGAUGGCUGGACUGUGAUUACUGAAGAUGGUUCUAGAGCAGCUCAAUCAGAAUAUACAAUACUAGUGACUGAAGAUGGAGCUGAAAUACUCACCCAAUAAAUCAGUGAGAAUUUUGAUGGAUAGUUUACUCGAGACUGCAGUUAAUAUAAACAAAUUAGCUAUUUGGAGAAAUGGCCAAAGUAUUCUAAGCAGAAAGUGAAGCAUGCACAUGCCAACAUCAAACUUGAACCUUGUAGCCGAAGGCAAUACUUUUAAUGUAAUUUAAUUUAAACUACAUACAUACAGAUUAUAGUCAAUACACGACGUCUAGGCUAGUUAGUCAAUAAUCAAAAUUCGUGCAAAACAGAGCCCUAUUUACUAAUUAUAUUUCCUAGCCGACGGCCACUACAGGACAGCAAUAAAAAGUGUCAAUUACCUUUGGCAUGUUUAAUUUAUAAAGAAUAACCGUAUAGGUUUUUUGUUCGAUUUUUCAUUUUACACGUAGUGAUUAAUUUAUUAACUUGACAUUAUCAGAAUUGUGCGAAAUGCGCAGAUAAGCUAUUAAUAAAAAAGUAUGUUUUUUGUAUUAUUAUUUAUUGUUAUUAUUGAAAUAAAACAAAGUUAUUUAG